AUGGUUGAGAUAAAGCAAGUAAAACUCGACCUUCUUACACCGGGCAAGGAACUCGGUGUUCUAGAUAAUCCAACUCCCAAAAUCUCUUGGGAGCUGGUUGGUACUGAGAAGAACUGGCUCCAGGGAGCCUACCAGAUCAGGUUCAAACUAUCCAACGGAGCGAUUGUCAACUUCUCCGCUGUGAAGUCUGAAAAGUCAACAUUUGUGGAUUGGCCUUGGGAGGACAAAAAGCUUACUUCCAAGCAACAAUUUGGUGUUUCCGUUCGCGUUGCUUCAAGUGAAGCUCCGGAUCAGUUCUCUGAGUGGAGUGACUUCUUCGAUUUCCAGGUCGGAAUUUUGCCUACCGAUACUUGGGAACCAAAGUUUAUUGCUCUGAAAGAUCAAGAGACUGCUCUACAAGAACCACCGGAAACUCUGUUUAGAAAAGAGUUUCAUUCGGCUGGUGAUAUUGUAUCUGCUAAGGUGUAUAGUACUGCCCUCGGAGCCUAUGAGGUUGAAAUCAACGGAUCUAAAAUCAGCACCGAUUAUCUUGCUCCUGGCUGGACCAGUUAUCACAACAGAUUGCUUCACCAGGUUUACGAUGUGUCUGAAUUUUUAACCAAGGGCGACAAUGCAAUUGGAGCCAGGGUCUCUGCUGGAUGGUGGAGUGGUCAUUUAGGCUUUGAAGGUGGUAGGUCCAACAUCUACGGAACAAAGAGAGCCAUUAGUUUGCUGUUGGAAAUUGUUUACACUGAUAAGACUGUAAAGCAGGUGAUUACUGACGAAUCUUGGCAAUCGUCCUCGGGUCCAAUUGUGAUGGCCGAGCUUUACGACGGAGAAACCUAUGACGCAAGACUCGAGCAAGACGGCUGGUCUUCUCCAAAAUUCGAAGCAAAAAACUGGUCUGCCGUUGAUGUCGUUGAGUUCUCUGGAAAGUCUAUUCUUCCCCAGUCAUUUCCAUACAUUCGCUGCGUGGAUACUCUGCAGCCCCAGGAACUCAUAACCACCCCAACAGGAAAGAAAAUCUUUGACUUUGGGGUAAACAUGGUAGGUUUUGUGAGGGUCAAGAAGACAUAUGCACCCGAGUCUCACACCAUCGUAUUGCGUCAUGCUGAAGUUUUGGAAAAGGGCGAGCUUGGAGUGAGACCAUUGCGUCUGGCCAAGGCUACCGAUAGCUACACGUUUAGUGGAAAGCCAGAAGGUGAAGAAUGGACGCCCAGAUUUACCUCGCACGGUUUCAGAUAUUGUGAAGUCAACAAUUGGUAUGGUGAAUUGACCAAGGAUUCUGUUGAAUUCGUUGUUAUCAGCACUGAUAUGACUCCAACUGGAACUUUCGACAGCUCCAACACCAUGGUGAAUAAGCUUCAUGCCAAUGCCAUUAGAAGUAUGAGAGGAAAUUUUGUGGGAUUGCCAACUGACUGUCCUCAGAGAGAUGAGAGACUUGGUUGGACGGGUGAUAUCUCUCAAUUUGCACCAACUGCGUGCUUUUUGUUUGAUUGUGCUCCUCUUCUCAGAAACUGGCUGCAAGACCUGUUUGCUGAACAGAAGGAAAACAAUGGUGUUCCACCAUUGGUUGUUCCCGAUAUAGUUGAAGGUCUCUUCACCUUAAGCGAGGGAUGUGCUAUUUGGCAAGAUGCAGCUAUGUUGGUUCCCGAGGCACUCUACGAAGAGUACUCUGAUCCUCAAAUCCUCGAAGAGCAGUUCCAGAGUAUGGUCGAUUGGAUCAAGGCUCUUCCAAAGCUCCAAGACAAAGUCCUCUGGCGUGAGGUUACAAUUCAGCUGGGAGAUUGGUUGGACCCAACUGCUCCUCCAGACAAUCCUCUUUUGGCCAUGACCGACGCCAGGCUCGUGGCUGAUGCCUAUCUCUACAAGAUCCUCACCGUUUUGAUCGAGACCUCCAAAACUCUGGGAAAGAGCAAGGAGCUCGAAUAUUACACCUCCAUGGCCGAAAAGUGCAAGAAGGAUUUUGCCGACGAGUAUCUGACUGUUUCUGGAAGGUCUGUUUCCGACACCCAAUGUGCCUAUGCCCUGGCUAUUUGUUUCGAUCUUUAUGCCGACCAAAACCAGGUUGACCGUGCAGGUAAGAGAUUGGCCGAAAUUGUCAGAAAGGGCAAGUUCAAGAUUGGAUCUGGAUUUGCAGGAACUCCGUAUAUCACUAAGGCUUUAACUAAGACUGGCAACUCAGACUUUGCCUACAAACUGUUGUUGCAGACCGAAUGUCCAUCCUGGUUGUAUGCCGUUUCUAUGGGAGCAACCACUAUAUGGGAGCGUUACGACAGUAUGCUACCAGACGGAUCUAUAAACCCCGGUGAUAUGACUUCCUUCAACCAUUACGCCUUGGGAUCUGUUGCAAGUUGGAUGCACUCGGUUAUUGGUGGAUUAUCUAAGUCUGAGCCAGGUUGGAAGACUUUUAAGGUUGAGCCUAUUCUGGGUGGUGGGUUCACUCAUACGAAGGUUACCCAUCGUUCUCCUUACGGAUUGAUCAGUGUUUCAUGGAAACUGGAUGGUCUCGACUUCUCGAUCGAAGUUACGGUCCCACUCAACUCUUCCGCAGAGAUCGUUUUGCCAAACGGCGAAAAGAACCAGGUUGGUUCAGGAACUUGGUCUUUUAGCUGCGUCUUGAAAGAAGAAGAUUUGACUGAUAAAGUCGAACAAGCUGAGAAGGACGAUGUAAGUUUGAGAUUCUGA